AUGUCAGCAGGAGCUGGAGGCUUUUAUCAGCUGCUGUUCGCUCGCUCUCCGCAGCGGCCACCGUGUCGCUGUCGCGCUCCUCGCUCCGCUCCCGCCGCGUCCCGCCGCGUCCCGCACCGCCGCUGCGGGCUCUCCACUGAACAGUUUCCGACUGUGAACUACACAUCCCAUAAUCCACUGCAAAUGAUAGGGAUCAUGGGUCUGUGUGACUGUGGGGGGAUGCCGGUUUGGUUUUUUGUGAAGAUCGCUCCAAUCAGAAACGAGCAGGACAAGGUCGUCCUGUUUCUCUGCACCUUCAGUGACAUCACGGCCUUCAAGCAACCAAUCGAGGAUGACUCUUCGAAAGGUUGGGGUAAAUUUGCCCGUCUGACUCGUGCGUUAACCAGCAGUCGAGGAGUUCUUCAGCAGCUCGCUCCAGCUGUCCAAAAAGGGGAGAACGUCCACAAACACUCACGGCUGGCCGAGGUUCUCCAGCUGGGUUCGGACAUCUUGCCUCAGUACAAACAGGAAACCCCGAAGACGCCACCACACAUCAUCCUGCACUACUGCCUCUUCAAGACCACUUGGGACUGGGUCAUCCUUAUCCUCACCUUCUACACCGCCAUCAUGGUGCCCUACAACGUCUCCUUCAAGACCAAGCAGAACAACGUCACCUGGCUGGUGGUGGACAGCAUUGUGGACGUCAUCUUCCUUGUGGACAUCGUCCUCAACUUCCACACCACAUUCGUCGGGCCGGCUGGAGAGGUCAUCUCCGACCCGAAGCUCAUCCGCAUGAACUACGUCAAGACCUGGUUUGUCAUCGACCUGCUGUCCUGCCUGCCUUAUGACGUCAUCAACGCCUUCGAGAACGUCGAUGAGGGGAUCAGCAGUCUCUUCAGCUCUCUCAAAGUGGUCCGUCUGCUGCGUUUGGGUCGGGUUGCCAGGAAGCUGGACCACUACAUCGAGUACGGAGCAGCCGUGCUGGUCUUACUGGUGUGCGUGUUCGGCCUGGCCGCCCACUGGCUGGCCUGCAUCUGGUACAGCAUCGGAGACUAUGAGGUGAUCAAUGAGGACACCAAUAAAGUGAGGAUGGACAGCUGGCUGUUCCUGCUGGGGGAGACGGUGGGGACGCCAUACAGGUUCAACGCCACGGGCACGGGCCGCUGGGAGGGGGGGCCCACAAAGGACUCAGUCUACAUCACCUCGCUGUACUUCACUAUGACCAGCCUGACCAGCAUCGGCUUCGGAAACAUCGCGCCCAACACAGACGGAGAGAAGAUCUUCGCUGUGGCCAUGAUGAUGAUCGGAUAUGAGGUCACCAGGCGCGCUGUGGACGGUCUGGAACUCCAUGGCGAGCGCCCGCAGGCAGCCGUCGCUGGCCAGCCGGAACGCCGGGUGCUCCUUAAACACCUUCCUGUUGAGGUGGACGCAGAUGUCCGCUCGCAUGUCCUUCGGACAAAUCUGCAGCACCUGUGGGCAGAGGUCAAGCAGAGAUUACCUGUUCAUCAAGGCCAACUGCUGCAGUCCACCCCUGACUCAGCUCCUCUUCCUCACAGCCUGUCAGCAGUAUGGACCGGGGUCACCGGAUCAAUACGGACCCCGUCCGCCAGCAGCAGAAACCUGCCGUCAUCCUCUCUUAACGCCCUGACAGCAGCUUACAAUGUGGAGGUGUCAGAAUCAUUACCAGGACUCGCUGUGACCUUCAGAAAGAUUACUACUGAGGCUGGAGUUCAGUCGGAGCAGCUGCAGUCUGAUAAAUGUAAAGGUGACGUGUUCGGCGACGUGUUCUGGAAGGAGAUGACUCUGGCGCAGUCGUGCGCUAACGUGCGAGCGUUGACCUACUGCGACCUCCACAUCAUCAAGCGAGACGCGCUGCAGAAAGUCCUGGAGUUUUACGCCGCCUUCGCCAACCACUUCGCCAGAAACCUGGUGCUCACCUACAACCUGAGGAAGAGGAUUGUCUUCCGGAAAAUCAGUGAUGUGAAGCGUGAAGAGGAGGAGAUGUUGAAGAGGAAGAACGAGGCCCCUCUGAACCUCCCUCCGGAUCAUCCAGUCCGACGGCUCUUCCAGCGUUUCCGGCAGCAGAGGGAGGCACGGCUUGCCGGGGAACGGGUUAUUCAGGGCACCGGAGACGUGGAGAAAGGUGUCAUCCCCCUGGAGCCGCCCAGAGGUCCGGAGGUCCUGGCCUCCACCAGUAUAGUCAUGGUAACCGAGAGUCCGGCCGCACCCACCAGCUCUUCAAUAUCCGCCGCUUCCUCUUCGUCCAGGACCUCCAGCCGGGUCAUGCUCCAUGCGCCCGCCACCCAAAACGGAAACCUGAUUGGUUGCAAAUCUGCAGAGCCGGCGAAGGCUAAAGGCUGGGGACGAUUCAAGGAGUCGGUCGUGAAGGCCGAGUCAUGGAGCAGCGUCUCUAAGGCCGAGUCCAUGGAGACGCUGCCCGAUAGAACUAAGUCUCACGAUGAGAUGUCCCUCAAGAAAACCGACUCCUGCGACAGCGGCAUCACAAAGAGCGACCUCCGUUUAGACAAUGCUGGCGGCGCCAGAUCGCCGCAGGAGCAAAGCCCGGUCAAGUCCGAUGAGAAGAGGGUCUUCUGUCCGAUACCGGAGCAGAGCAUUCAGGCCUCUUUCAUCGAGCUAAAACAAGAACUACGAGGAGACAUCAGAUCUCUGAACAGUCGCAUGGCGGGGCUGGAGGCUCAGCUGGCUGAAAUGCUUCGACUUCUCAAAUCCAGGAAGUCGUCGGGCUCCUUCUUCGAGAUCUCGCGGCCUCCUUCCCCCGACUCCGAUAAGGACAGUCUCUCGUAAACUGGACGUGGAUUCCAGUCAGCGGCUAUUGAACCCCUUCCGCCUCCAGACAUCAGAGAGGAGCUUCUGACCUCAGCGUGAGGCUGUGCUGGUGGCGGUCGAUGACAUCACACAGACGACAAAAGCACUUUGUUACAUUCGAAGCGUUGCUCUGCGAGACAGAUCAGACUAUAAAAAGACAUUUAUGAUGGCACCUUUGGUCCUCAGGAGGGUUUCAAGACCUUCACAUGAUAUCGGCAAUAAUAAUAGACGGCUUUAAUGUUUUUGGCACUGUGAUUGAAGGGUUGUUUUAAUCUCAUGAGGUCUGGUCCACAAAGUCUGUUCAGAACCUCUCAAGGAUCCACUCUCGUUGGGUCUGCACUCGCAAUCAAAACACGGUUUACACACUUGUAAUAGACACAAAUGACAGCAGUGUUUAAUUAAUGGUAAUAUGCAAUUUCUUUCACUAGGGGG